AUAAAAAUCAUUACCAAUAUUUGUUUUAAGGUUUUUGAUCCAUGUAAAACACGUGUCGAUAAACUUUUGGGCAUAUCACGACUUUAUUUUUUUGGUUCUCUUUCGAUUGUUAUACCAAGUACGGGUACCGUAUCAAUAAUGUAAUGAAUCGAACAAUACUGACUGAAUUCCCGCCACAACACACGCAAUAUAUUCUACUAGUUAGUCGUUUAAAUAUCGUUUUGUGUACGUAAGAAGUAUAAUAAUUGUCCAACCGGUGCCAAUUAUUUGGUUACUGACCAACUUGCUAUAAAAUUAAGAUUAAGAUUAAGAUUUUACAUAAUACAUGAUCUGCGGCCACCCAAUCCAUCACAGUAACCCACGUACAUGCACAUGCCAAUUCCCAUUGACAUCAACAAACAGAUCUCACCUUUUCAUUACACCUUGUUUGCACGUGACUCACUACUUCAAUCUUCUUAUUCUUCUUUAUCACCAUCACUUGUUUCUUCAUCCCUAUAUGUUGGUUGCAUUGUGUAUAUAUGUAAUAUUAAUAUCAUUCAAUGUUACACAUUGAAUGCUAACAAUUUCCAAGCUAAAUGGGGUGUGCAGCUUCCAUGUACAGAGUUGGAGGCAAUAAGAAGCCCAUGAACAUCCCUCUAGUCACUAUUUUUACACCUUCACUUCGUAUCCCGAUCGACUCCAGUUUUCAAAAACCGCUUAAAGGGCUUGUCCCUAACGGUCUCAUUGAUCGUCUCACCUAUUCUCGAAACCAAGUUGCUCUUCUCACCAAUCAAACUGGUGUUCCUGAAUUACUACGUGUAUUGGAGGAUUACUUGUCGUUAUUAGUUGGCCUCACUGAUCAAGAACUUGGGUUUCGAGAGCUGGUUGAAUUCAAAUGGAGAAGUUUAGAUGAUGGGCGACAAGAAAUAUGUGUUGCGGAUUCAUGGUUCGAACUACUAUCUGUUGUUCAUAUGAUGGCUAUGCUGACAUUAAUACAGGCAAAUUCAAAAUUGAUUCCUGAUCAAACUGAUACUAGUGAAACAGUUGAAUCAACAGAUAAAAUCCGGUGUGCUGUUGACUUAUUGGUGAAGGCAGCUGGGUACCUGCACUUCUGUCUUCGCGAAAUUCUUGUCAAACUUCCACAAGAUAUAAAGAUGGAGCUGCCUCUAGAUUUGCAGGAGAAUGUAAUCGAGGCUGCUUAUAUUCAAGCACUAGGGCAGGGAACAGAAAUGCAGCUUGCUUCGGCUGUUGAAAGUAAAAACGCCACUUUAUCUGUUAAAAGAAGACUAGCGUGCGAGCAAUUAAGUUAUUUCAGCCAGGCUCACUGCUGCUUGUCAACAUGUGACAACCUUAAUGGAUGCGGAAAGAAACAUCUGUCAUUUCUUAAAUGGAAAUACCUCGAAGCAAAGGCUGCAGCAUAUUACUACCAUGGUCUGAUCACAGACAAAGGUACUGAACCAUCUUGCCACAUCAGUGCGGUGUGUUGUUUUCUUGCGGCUGAAGAAAUUUUAACCGAGAGCAAGAAGGCCUGUUUAAACUUUUGCUUAACAGUUCCUAUAACAAGGGCUCCGGUUGCAUGGGGUGCUAUGAAACAUUUGAAUAAGAAAAUUCCUGAAAUUGCAGCUAGAAAGUCCCAGAUGUAUGCAUACCUUUUAGAGGAAGAAAAGAGUCUGGAAGUGUUGCCGGAACUCCCAGAGUUCGAGUUGUCAUUAAAGGCAGAGGAGUAUGAAAUGGCGGAUAAAGAUGGAGCAUGGGAUAGCGAAAACUGGAAGAUACCUAACCAGACACUUAAAAUGCACUUAACUGAUGAUGAAGAAGAUGAUUAGUGAAGCUAUGUGCAAUUUGAAAUGGUAGUAGUUGAUUGGUUUUCCUUCCACAAAGAAUAUGUGUUGUAUAGAAAGAGAAUGUUGUAAUGUUCAUGUGAGUUUUAUUGUAACAGACUUGAAACUAAAUUAUGAAAUAUAUAUUAAUCACAAGUCAUUAGUAA